AUGGAUCAUCAUAAUCAACAUAUGAAUCACAACGUAAGUAAUGCUAUUAACAUUUCCGCAUCUGUGAUGGACCAUUCGGCGCAUACCCAUCACGCAGACCAUCAUUGCUCUACAUCACAUAUGCAUGCUAUGUCAUUCCAUUUUGGCUCCAAUGAAACAGUACUUUUCAGUUUCUGGACCAUUAAUAGCUCGACUGGACUUAUAAUAGCUUGUAUCCUAACAGUCUUGAUGUGCUUUAUAAUGGAAAGUAUUCGAUGGUUCCGAGGUAUCCGACCACCGUAUAAUGUUGAUUUACAUACGGAACAAUCGUCUGUAGCAAACAUCAAAUUUGCUCCACGCAUCACAACAGCUAUGUGCACUGAUUCAAUCUUGCAUGCAGUCCAACUAACAUUGAGUUAUGUCUUAAUGUUACUUUUCAUGACAUUCAAUGUAUGGAUUUGUACAGCAACUGUUCUCGGCGAAGUGUUCGCCAGACUUAUUUUUGCUAUUGCAUCCGGUGAGAAUCAAAGAAUGAAAGGAAAUCGAGCUGAUGUGGGAUGUUGUAGCUGA